UGUCAUGGCAACCAAGGAGCCGGCUUUCGCCCGCUGAUUCCGGAGCCCGUGGCCCACGGAGUUCUUGGCUGGCCCCCACGCCUAGCCUGCCACAUCUGGGGUCACCCGGCCACUAUGCCCAGUGAAACUCUCUGGGAUAUUGCCAAAGCUGAAGUGGACAAAAGAGGAAAUAAUGGAAGUGAAGGUGAUGGAGUUGAAAUUGGAGAAAAAUCUGUUUUCUUCAUUGGCAGUAAAAAUGGGGGAAAGACUACUAUUAUUCUAAGGUGUCUUGACAGGGAUGAGCCAGCGAAACCAACCUUAGCUUUGGAAUAUACAUAUGGAAGAAGAGCAAAGGGGCAUAACACACCAAAAGAUAUUGCUCACUUUUGGGAGCUGGGUGGAGGAAGCUCCUUACUGGACUUAAUUAGCAUCCCUAUCACAAGUGACACCUUGCGGACAUUUUCUAUUGUUCUUGUUUUGGAUCUUUCAAAGCCUAAUGAUCUUUGGACCACCAUGGAAAAUCUGUUGCAAGCCACAAAAAACCAUGUAGAUAAAGUGAUCAUGAAACUUGGAAAGACGCAUUCUAAAGCAACAUCUGAAAUGAGGCAGAAGAUAUGGAGUACUAUGCCAAAGGACCAUCCGGAUCGUGAGUUAAUCGACCCAUUUCCAAUCCCUCUGGUCAUAAUUGGAAGUAAAUAUGAUAUUUUUCAGGAUUUUGACUCUGAGAAGAGAAAGGUGAUAUGCAAGACACUCCGAUUUGUUGCACAUUACUAUGGAGCAUCUCUAAUGUUUACUAGUAAAUCAGAAGCUCUACUACUAAAAAUCCGUGGAGUGAUCAACCAGUUGGCAUUUGGUAUUGAUAAAAGCAAAUCGAUAUGUGUGGAUCAGAAUAAGCCACUGUUUAUCACAGCAGGAUUGGAUUCUUUAUGUCAAAUAGGGGCUCCUCCUGUUCCUGAUAAUGACAUUGGAAAGCUUCACGCUCAUUCACCAAUGGAGUUGUGGAAAAAAGUAUAUGAAAAGCUCUUUCCACCAAAGAGUAUCAGCACGCUGAAAGCUACUAAGGACCCUGCUCGAGAUCCUCAGUAUGCUGAAAGUGAAGUUGAUGAAAUGAGAGUUCAGAAGGAUCAGGAGCUGGAGCAGUACAAGAAAAAUUCUUCCAAGACUUGGAAACAAAUCGAGCUAGAUUCUUAAACCUAACUCAACUAUUACGUGUUUAUUUCUUUUUUUCUAAAUUCAAGUAAGAUUAUCUUACUAAUAAGUAUUGUAUAAAUGUGACAAAAGUUAGGAUAUUCAGUUUCUCAAGAGCAAAGCUGAGCUUCUUGUUAAAUAUUCUGGAGUCUUUUAAAAAGGAAAAACAUCAACUACAUGCAAUAUUUUUUAAAUAAAAGAAUCUUUCACCACUUACA